AUGGUGCAGGAGUCAAGCGAAAUAGGUGAACAACGGGUAGAUCAGACGGAUUUUAGUGAACAAGAGAGAGGCUGGGAUAAGACUAGGAAAGAGGACUCCGGACUAGUUGAUUCUCAACUGCGCUUGUUACAAGAUAAAGCAACAGAUGGGAUCGCUGCUCAUUACCCCUUCUUACGCCCUUCUGAUGAUGAGCCAUGUCCCCUUAUUAACGCACCGGAAUCCUCCAAAGACAAAGAAAAAGCAUGUCUUGACUCAAGUGAUUCAAAGAAGAUCAACCAGAUGGAUAUGCAUCAGCAUAGGGAAAAUAUUCUUUCGAUGUCCUUGACUGACGAGGCCUCUCUCUUCUCUCGCUUUUACUUCUGGAACGACUGGUCCAUUGUAGUUUCGAAAAGCUUGCUCAUCUUUAACGAAAGCGCCUUCAUUAAACUUGAUCACUGCAUAGAUGGUGGUUUGCGAGCACUCAUCCUACAUACUGGUCGAACCUCAGGCCAAUCACGGGCUGGACUUGGCUUGGGUUCGGUAGGAUCUACAAAUCGUCAGGCGGACAACUCGCCUCUGGUUGCUCCAGCCUCAAAACCAGCCAGUAUCGUACGUUCUCAUAGCGCAAUCGAAUCAGGUGAUAUAGCCCUAGCAUCAACCGCUGUUCCUGUC